AGCAAUUUUCGAAAGGGAAUGGGCGUUGUUGUGUUUUUCUGAUUCAGUUUCUAUGUGUUUUAUCAUUUUGUAAUAAUUUAAUUUGAAGAAAAAAUGCCUUACGACGGAGGAAUGGGGACAAAACAAGCUUUUAUCGAGCAUGCUUUGGUCGUAAAUAGGGAUUUCAUCUCACAACCCCGAUUGACGUAUAAAACCGUCUCCGGUGUGAAUGGUCCUCUGGUCAUCUUGGAUGACGUGAAGUUUCCAAAGUACGCUGAAAUCGUACAAAUUAGAUUGAACGAUGGAACAAUCCGUUCUGGUCAAGUGCUGGAAGUCAGCGGUUCUAAAGCUGUUGUCCAGGUGUUCGAAGGUACCACUGGUAUCGAUGCCAAACACACGAUUUGCGAAUUCACGGGAGAUAUUUUGAGAACUCCGGUAUCGGAAGAUAUGUUGGGAAGAGUAUUCAACGGCAGCGGUAAACCAAUUGAUAAAGGACCUCCGAUUUUGGCUGAAGAUUAUUUGGAUAUCGAUGGUCAACCGAUCAACCCUUACUCGCGUACUUACCCGCAAGAAAUGAUUCAAACUGGUAUAUCAGCUAUCGACAUUAUGAAUUCUAUUGCCAGAGGACAGAAAAUUCCUAUUUUUUCGGCUGCUGGAUUACCACACAAUGAAAUCGCUGCCCAAAUUUGUAGACAAGCUGGUCUUGUUAAAUUACCUGGAAAAGCUGUAUUAGAUGAUUCGGAAGAUAACUUUGCCAUCGUGUUCGCUGCUAUGGGUGUGAACAUGGAAACAGCCAGAUUUUUCAAACAAGAUUUCGAAGAAAACGGUUCUAUGGAAAAUGUAUGCUUGUUCUUGAACUUGGCCAAUGAUCCGACUAUCGAGAGAAUCAUUACACCUCGUUUGGCGUUAACCGCUGCCGAAUUUUUAGCUUACCAAUGUGAAAAACACGUAUUGGUCAUUUUGACCGAUAUGAGUUCGUACGCUGAAGCUUUGCGAGAAGUUUCCGCUGCUCGUGAAGAAGUACCUGGUCGUCGUGGUUUCCCAGGUUACAUGUACACCGAUUUAGCUACCAUCUACGAACGAGCCGGAAGAGUCGAAGGACGUAAUGGAUCCAUUACUCAGAUCCCCAUUCUUACUAUGCCUAACGAUGAUAUUACCCAUCCUAUCCCCGAUUUAACUGGUUAUAUUACCGAAGGACAAAUUUACGUAGAUCGACAAUUGCACAAUAGGCAAAUUUAUCCACCCAUUAACGUAUUACCGUCCUUGAGUAGAUUGAUGAAAUCUGCCAUUGGUGAAGGUAUGACCCGAAAAGAUCAUUCUGAUGUAUCCAAUCAACUGUACGCUUGUUACGCCAUUGGUAAAGAUGUACAAGCCAUGAAGGCUGUAGUAGGAGAAGAAGCUUUAACUCCCGAUGACUUGCUGUACCUUGAAUUUUUAACUAAAUUUGAAAAGAACUUCAUUUCCCAAGGUAAUUACGAAAAUCGUAGCGUUUUCGAAUCAUUGGAUAUUGGUUGGCAGUUGUUACGUAUUUUCCCUAAAGAAAUGCUGAAAAGAAUACCGGCUGCUACUUUGGCUGAAUUUUACCCGAGAGAUUCGUCCAGACAUGCUCAAGCGAAAUAAGUUACUAGUGUGUAUUAUUUAUAAAGAAGUACGUUUAUCGGAGCAUGUUUUUUCAGCAAGUUUCAUUUCAGGUUACCAACAUGUGUAUAUUUUUUUCAACCAUUCCAUGAUCAUAAUACGAAAUAUUUCUUCAUCGUAGCUGCUUCGUAACUGUUUUAAUUCGUUAAUAAAAGUAGAAUUUAUUGUUUGUUUUUUUCUUCUUUCUUUUUCGUGUUGAAUAUUUUAUUACCGAUGAAUAUUUUUUUGAAAGAUUUCGAUUAUUAAGUCAAACUUACGUAUAUUGAAUGUACCGUUUUCACGCUGCAAGCGUGACGCACAUUAAAUAAUUACUUAAUAAACGAGUAUUAUAAGACGAAUUUUUUGCUGUUGAUCGAUGCAUUGUUAAAGUUGAAAUUAUUUAAAAGCUGUAUCAAAGUUGUAUUCUUAUUUAAUUUUAAAACCCCAUUCGUAUCGUGGCGAUUCUACAGAUAUUUUAAAUUUUAUAAAGUAGUAAUAUAUUAUAUAGUUGAAUUAUAUUGUUGAUAAUGAUCAUUGUAAUUAUUUUACAUUGAAUAAAUAAUUCAUUACUCGAA